AUGACUUCGGCUAUGCUCAGAAGCGUCAGAUUUAACACUACCGAGAGCGUGAAGAUUAGUCACGAUCAGGAGCAGGAACUUCUUGUCAACCAGAGAAAGAACCGUCCCGUUUCUCCUCACUUGCAGAUUUACCAGCCCCAGCUCACAUGGUACUUGUCCGGUUUGCACAGAAUUACUGGUGUGGCCAUGUCUGGUGCUUUCUACGCCUUGACUGUGACCUACGCUGCCUCUGCUCUCUUGGGCUUCCCAUUUGAGGCCUCCACCCUUGUCUCUGCAUUCGCCGGCUUGCCAUUUGCCGUCAAGCUCGGCGCUAAGGCCGCCAUGGCUUUCCCUUUCACCUUCCACUCCUUCAACGGUCUUAGACACUUGGUGUGGGAUUUCGGUAAGGAGUUGACCCUCAAGGGUGUUUACAGAACUGGUUACGUUGUGAUGGCCCUUACCGCUGUGUUUGGCACUUACUUGACCUUCUUCUGA